AUGUCAAAUAACCCGUUUGACACGACGGACUCUAAAUCAGGUGCAGACAGGAUUUCGGCCAUCUCCAAAAGCUCGGAGAGCAGUGGCAGCAGGUCGGACAAACACCAGGAGACAGCGUAUACCGGCAUGGACCAGAAGGCAGAGCGCCAGAUCCGAGAUCUCGCGCGCUCGCUCACGGCGGCGUCGCGUGCCAGCCAGCACUCGCUCAGCGGCGGCGGCGGCGGCGCCGCCGCCGCGGCCGCUGGCCGCGGUGGCGAUUACGCCCCGUCGCUUUUCAGUCGCUACGACGGCGACGCCAUCAACCCCGUUUUCACAGACGCAAACGCCCAGGGCUACGAUCCCAAACUCGAUCCCAACUCGGACGAAUUCUCGUCCGUCGCGUGGGUCCGCAACAUGAGCCGGCUCGCCGCGUCGGACCCAGAAUACUACAAACCGUACUCGCUCGGGUGCGCGUGGAAAAACCUGCGUGCGUUCGGCGACUCCACCGACGUGGCGUACCAGGCCACCGUGGCCAACCUCCCAGUCAAACUCGGCGAAUACCUGUACCGGAUGAUGCGCAAGAGCCGGCCCUCGGACUCGUUCGACAUCCUGAAACCCAUGGACGGCAUUGUGCAGCCCGGCGAGCUGCUCGUGGUGCUGGGCCGCCCGGGCUCCGGCUGCUCCACGCUGCUCAAGUCCAUCUCGUCCAACACGCACGGGUUCCACAUCGCAGAGAACUCGGUCAUCUCGUACGACGGCAUGUCCCCGCGCGAGAUCGUCAAGCACUACCGCGGGGAGGUCGUGUACAACGCAGAGGCCGACGUGCACUUCCCGCACUUGUCUGUGUUCCAGACCCUCAACACCGUCGCGCGGCUCACCACCCCUUCCAACCGUAUACAGGGCGUCGAUCGUGAGACGUUUGCGCGCCACGUCAGCGAGGUCGCCAUGGCCACCUACGGUCUGUCCCACACCCGCAACACCAAGGUCGGAAACGAGCUGGUCAGAGGUGUGUCCGGCGGUGAGCGUAAGAGAGUCUCCAUUGCCGAAGUGUCGAUCUGCGGCUCCAAGUUCCAAUGCUGGGACAACGCCACACGUGGUCUGGACUCCGCCACCGCGCUCGAGUUUAUCCGUGCGCUGCGCACCAACGCCCAGCUCACCUCGUCAUGCGGUGUGAUCGCCAUCUACCAGUGCUCCCAGGACGCCUACGACCUCUUCGACAAAGUGUGCGUUUUGCACGAGGGCUACCAGAUUUUCUACGGCCCUGCCAAAGAGGCCAAGCAAUACUUCUUGGACAUGGGUUACGUGUGCCCCGAGAGACAGACCACCGCAGACUUCCUCACCGCCGUCACCAACCCAGCCGAGAGAAUCCAAAACCCAGAAUACAUCAAGGCCGGUCGCAAGAUCCCUGCUACUGCAAAGGAAAUGGAGGCCCAUUGGAAGCAAUCUGAAAACUACCGCAGGCUCAUGGACAUUAUCGACACCCACUUGAGCGGGGACGCGGAUGCCAACAGACUGCAAUUGCAGGAGGCCCAUCGCGCAAAACAAUCCAAGCGUGCCAGACCUUCCUCCCCUUACACCGUCAGUUACGGAAUGCAAGUCAAGUACCUUCUGAUCAGAAACAUGCAAAGAAUCAGAAGUGAUAUCGGUGUCACGGUUUUCCAGGUCGUCGGUAACGCCAGUAUGGCCUUCAUCCUCGGUUCCAUGUUUUACAAAAUUUUGAAGCAUUACGAUACGAGUGGUUUCUACUCUCGUGCCGGUGCUUUAUUCUUUGCUGUUUUGUUCAAUGCAUUCUCGUGUUUACUGGAAAUUUUCGCCCUUUACGAGGCCAGACCUAUCUCGGAAAAACACAAGCGUUACUCUCUGUACCACCCAUCUGCAGACGCUUUGGCAUCUGUCAUUUCAGAAAUACCCACCAAGGUUUGCACUUCCAUUUGUUUCAACAUUGCACUCUAUUUCCUCUGUAAUUUCAAGCAAGAAGCUGGCGCUUUCUUCUUUUAUUAUUUGAUGACUGUGGUUGCUACAUUCACCAUGUCGCAUAUCUUUAGAUGUCUCGGUGCUGCUACAAAGACUUUCUCCGAAGCAAUGGUACCUUCAUCACUUUUGCUUUUGGCUAUGUCUCUUUACACUGGUUUCGCCAUCCCCAAGACCAAAAUGUUGGGAUGGUCCAAAUGGAUAUCUUACAUUAACCCUCUAUCGUACAUUUUUGAGUCAAUCAUGAUCAAUGAGUUCCACGACACUGAUUUCCAAUGCUCUCAGUUUAUUCCAACCGGUGCCGAUUACACCAACGCCUCUGGAACUGAACGAGUCUGUUCUUCAGUCGGUGCUGUCGCUGGUCAAUCUUAUGUCUCCGGUGAUGACUACCUAUCAUUAGCUUACACCUAUGAACACAAGCACAAAUGGAGAGGGUUUGGUAUUGGUAUGGGUUACAUCGUAUUCUUCUUGGGUGUUUACUUAGUGUUCACUGAAUUCAAUGAAAGUGCCAAGCAAAGAGGUGAGAUCUUAGUCUUCACCAAGUCUACUUUGAAGAAAAUGAAAAAGGAUCGUCAGUUGCAAGAAAAAUCUGGGUCUUCACAAGGCGACCUUGAGCAUUCCGCUGGCGUCGACACUGUCAAUGAAAAGAAAUUGCUCGAGGAUUCCAGCGACAAUAAUUCUACUGAUGGCGUGAAGAUCUCCAAAUCAGAGGCAAUUUUCCACUGGAGAGAUGUUUGUUACGAUGUUAAGAUCAAGAGUGAAAACAGAAGGAUCUUGAGCAACGUCGACGGUUGGGUUAAGCCUGGUACGUUGACUGCUCUUAUGGGUGCAUCUGGUGCUGGUAAAACUACCUUGCUGGAUUGUUUGGCUUCGAGAGUUACCAUGGGUGUUAUCACCGGUGACAUUUUCGUCAACGGUCAUUUACGUGACGCCUCUUUCCCAAGAUCCAUCGGGUACUGUCAACAACAAGAUUUGCAUUUGCAGACCUCCACCGUACGUGAAUCUCUGAGAUUUGCAGCUUAUCUGCGCCAGCCUUCAUCUGUUUCGAUCGAAGAAAAAAAUGAUUAUGUCGAACAAGUUAUUAAGAUCUUGGAAAUGGAAAAAUAUGCAGACGCCGUGGUCGGUGUUGCUGGUGAAGGUUUGAAUGUUGAACAAAGAAAGAGAUUGACAAUUGGUGUUGAAAUGGCAGCUAAGCCCAAGUUAUUGCUUUUCCUUGACGAACCUACUUCUGGUUUGGAUUCUCAAACUGCUUGGUCCAUUUGUCAACUGAUGAGAAGACUUGCAAACCAUGGGCAAGCCAUUCUAUGUACUAUCCAUCAGCCUUCUGCUCUACUAAUGCAAGAAUUUGACAGACUACUAUUUUUGCAACGUGGUGGUAGAACCGUCUACUUUGGGGACUUGGGAGAAGGUUGUCAGACCAUGAUAAACUACUUCGAAAAACAUGGCGCUCACAAGUGUCCACCUGGUAACAAUCCUGCAGAGUGGAUGCUUGAAGUUAUCGGCGCGGCUCCUGGAUCUCACGCAUCUCAAGACUAUCAUGAAGUUUGGAGAAACUCCCAAGAAUAUCAGGAUGUUCAAAAAGAACUUGAUUGGAUGGAAAGAGAAUUGUCUAAGAAACCUUUGGAUACUAGUGAUGAACAAACUGAUUUUGCUACUUCUCUAUUGUACCAAUACCGUUUGGUCACAGAACGUCUUUUCCAACAAUACUGGAGAACUCCUUCCUACAUAUGGUCGAAAGUGCUACUGACGUUAAUUUCUCAAAUUUUCAUUGGAUUCACUUUUUUCAAAGCUGAUAAUUCUUUGCAAGGGUUGCAGAACCAGAUGUUGUCCAUUUUCAUGUUUACAGUUGUCUUCAAUCCUACUUUGCAGCAAUACUUGCCAACCUUUGUUUCUCAAAGAGAUUUAUAUGAAGCCAGAGAGAGACCUUCUAGAACGUUUUCGUGGAAAGCUUUUAUUUUGUCUCAAAUUACCGUGGAGAUUCCAUGGAAUUUUGCCGUUGGUACUUUGGGAUUCUUCAUCUACUACUAUCCAGUAAGCUUCUACAGGAAUGCUUCCUUUGCCGAUCAAUUACAUGAGAGAGGUGCUUUGUUUUGGUUAUUCUGCACUGGCUUCUAUGUUUACGUCGGUUCUGUGGGUCAAAUGUGUGUUGCAGGUGUUGAAGUUGCAGAGUCUGCUGGCCAUAUUGCAUCCUUACUAUUCACCCUGGCUUUGUCAUUCUGUGGUGUUAUGGUUACGCCUGGAAACAUGCCGGGCUUCUGGAAAUUUAUGUACCGCGUUUCGCCUCUCACCUAUUUCAUCGAUGGUCUUUUGUCUACCGGGCUUGCAAACGCUGACGUUGCUUGUUCCUCAUACGAAUUAGUUCAUUUCACUCCUCCCGCUGGUCAAACAUGUGGCGAGUAUAUGACUCCAUACAUCGAGAGUGUAGGUACUGGGUACCUAACAAACCCAAGCUCCACCGAUCAGUGCAGCUUCUGUACCGUCUCAAACACAAAUGAUUAUCUGGCGGCUGUAAGCUCCCAUUACAAAAAUAGAUGGAGAAACUACGGUAUUUUCUUGUGUUACAUUUUCUUCGACUACGCUGCCGCCAUUUUCUUCUAUUGGUUGGCUAGAGUUCCUAAGAAGAAGAACAGAGUUGCUGAUGAAAGGGAUCCUGAUACAAUUGCAAAUGCGAAAAAGUCGACAAAGACAGACGCAUAA